AUGAGUCGCUGCCGUCAUACAUGCUGGCUUAAACCCUGGAGCCUGGGCGUAGAAAAGGGCUUAGAGGUCACAGACCGACCUCAACGUUUACUGAAGGAAUUCGAAAAUCCCGACGCCGAGAGCGCUGGCCUACUGGUGUUAAUAGGAAAUCAAUCGAAACAGGCGGCCUUCAAGAAGCUAAGUUUUCAGACGGGCAGGAUCCGAGCAAGGGUAGGAGGGGAAGUUCAUUUACUUGUCUCUUCGUUGAAAGAGAAUCGCCGUAAGCGUAUCGUGAUCGCCGAUACAGAUGCGUCUGGAUCACAGGCCAAGUUGCCGUUGUUGAGCGCCAGUGCUUGCCACGCUGUAAAAGUCUAUACUGACACGAAGCAACAAGUUCCUGAAGAUGGACUCGACUACGAAAAUCUCUUGCGUAGAACUCUACUUCCAUCUGCUGACGUUGUAUGCAUAUUCGUCGAUGAUUUAGGAGGAUUUGGUGAGUCGUUGAAACGAUUACGUUUCUGGCUCCAGAGUGGACCACCAUCAACUAGCCCAGUGCGGCCACAUAUCCUGCUUGUAGUAAGGCAAGAAUGGAGACAGAGGCACGAAAGUGAUCUUCAGAGGUUUGUAGCAGAACACCGAUCUAGAAGUCUUGAUCCGAGUUUCAGUGGCAUCACUCUCGUCGGAGUUCCCAGAAUGUCUGGUAAAAGUAGACGGCGAAGCGGCGGACAGACGCGACGAUGGCAAGUGCUCAGUUCGGAGUUAUCAAAGGCAUUAGAGACCAGUAGACAGGCUCGACGACGAUCUGACUCCAUCUUCUCGGUACACCAUCUUGCUCACUUCUUACAGUAUGCUGCUAGCGUAGCGUUGAGCGUAACUGCGGAACCUUUCAGCUUCGUGAAAGUUUCUCGGCUCCAUCGAGGAAUAGCACCGGACUUGAGUGACCAUAUCAGGAAUUUUCUAGGAAAGUUUGAAUUACUCAAGACGUUCCAGCAGGUGGCUGUCCCGUUGAUCGCCUCAAGUCUCCUUCUCGACCAUUACUCGCCUGGGAUGCACCCCUUCGACUGUCACCAGGUUUUUCGUGAACUCUACGAAAAUGCUUGCUAUCAAGCCAGCUCCGAACUCAAAUCAAGCUUCGAGAGGCCUAUACCACCUUCAGAAACUGUAAGAUUGAUAUCGUGCAGCAUGUUCACUCAGUUGGCGCAGUCCCAAGCUGUGGGCUCGAUGCGUGACUGGCAUCGGCAGCAACUCGCCCAAAAUUUUGGCGGCGGCCGCAGUACGGCUUCCCAUGUGGACAUCUUGUUUGUCAAAAUUGUAUUAGAACCUUCAGUCCUAAAAGCCGCUCUGAUCCGUGGGAGUGCAUUGAGCGUGAUCUGUCUGGACAUUCUGGGAUGGAACGUAGACGACUGCAUGUCUCAUCUCAAGCAGUUUGCCCAACAAUCGUUUAUCCAGCGUUCCUCGUGGUUUACACGUUUACUAGACCGUCUUCCACUUUUCUCCAAUGUGGCAUGGCUAUUCCAACUGAUCUGCACCUUGCUAGCUGAUAGCAAGUAUACUGCUGAGGGGCUGGAGAAGUUGUUGAUUGAAACAUACGGCCAAAACCGAAGUACGACCGAUAUAUCCCCAGCUACCGCCAUAGGGGCCCAUGUAGGUGUAACAUUGACCAGAGCGUGUGAUGGCAGCGUAUUCCUCGUCACAAACUAUAACAGCGCCACAGGGCAAGUCCAGGAUUCUGAUUAUCGUCAUCUCGAAUUGAAUGACGGGCAAUCUCAAAGUAAAUGGUGGCAGGUGUUGCGAUGUGCAACAGCAGCGCCGUACUACUUCAAGCCAGCGCGUAUCGGCGACCUCGGAGUUUUUCAAGAUGGUGGGCUUGCAGUUAACAAUCCAGUGUGCAUUGCUAUUCGUGAAGCAACAUUGUUGAGUCCAGAUAUGGCGGAACCUAGUGUUGUGGUUUCACUUGGCACCGGUUCUGCUUCAGAUGAUGAUAAUGGGUCAUCAGGCAUUUUAUCUGAAAAGUUCCUUCCUAGGCUUUCAAGGGCUCUUUGGAAGCAAACCGGUUCAAAAGUCACGUGGAGCCAUCUUCUGAGUCAUCAGAGAGCCGAUAGCGACACAAAGCUUUUUCGGUUUGACGUCGACUUCAUGGGAGAAGAACCUUUGCUCGAUGAGGUAAGUAUGGUAGAACGCGUACGACAGACGGCCCACGAUACGGCGACAGGAUCGUCAAGCCUUCGUAGAUUGUGCCGCCAUCUGCGGGCUGAGCUUUUCCUCUUCGAACUAGAUGAACUUCAUCCACCGUACUUCUUGAGGGGUGCUUAUCAAUGCGCUGGUCGCAUUAUCUGCCGGUUGAGAGCUCACACGCCAGAAUACAAAGGAUUCAUCAAGCAGCUGUGCGAGAGAGAAGCGGCAUUCCGAGUAGGAGCCCAGUUCCUGAGGAUUACAUAUGAGAAUAUCAAUACAGAUCUCUGUUUCAAGGUAAAUUUCGCCGUACCAACCCUCAGUAGUUCGAUCUCGAUUGCUUUGUUAGAAGGGGCGGAUGAGGAAUCCCACAUCAACGGUUCACCUUUCGCGAUAGAAUGGCUUAUCCGAAGGCAAGCACUGAAUGCCGGCUUUGGCACAUCCGACCAUCGGGAACUGGCGCAUUCUGAUCUCGAUUGUGUUCCAUGA